GAGGUCGCUAGUCGUAAUACUGGGACUUCACCUUUUAAGUCACGAGACUCACAACUUUCACUACUCUUAUCAACACUCGCUACUUGUCAUUGCUCCGUAAUGGCCGUUGUCUUAUAGCAGACGGCGAAUCCAUCCAUUAAUCGUGUGAUCUCUCCCCUGAGCCGGUGAGCUUUGCAACCACCACGAUGGCAGACACAGGCAGCGUCAACAUGUAGUACUAAAAAUACAUUGACGGUGUUCCCGAGUAGCACUGCUCUUCCUGCUCCAUCGAGAAAGAUAACAUUGGUUUCUUCUCCUCAAUUUCCCUUAUUUUUACCUUCUUUUCUUGCAACGAGCACUGAGUCCGUCCAUGGAGAUUAUUAAUAGAUGUCGCUCCUCUUCUGUCUUUGCUCUCAUCUCAGGUUUUGUACUUCCUGUACUUGUAGCUUCCGUCGGCAUCAACUACGGUCAGAUUGCUAACAAUCUCCCCAAGCCCCAAAACGUCGUUCCUCUGCUCCGCUCCAUCGGCGUCAGUAAAGUAAAGCUUUACGACGCAGAUCCCCGAGUACUUUGUGCCUUUGCCAACACCGGUGUCGAAUUCAUCGUCUCCCUGGGAAACGAAUACUUGGAGAAGAUGAGGGAUCCGGAUAAAGCUCAAGUCUGGGUGAAAACAAACGUUCAAUCAUACUUGCCUGCAACCAAAAUCACUUGCAUCACCGUGGGGAACGAGGUUCUAACGUUUAACGACACAUCUUUAACGGAACACCUUCUCCCUGCAAUGCAGAGCAUCCAUGCCGCCCUCGUAAGCCUAGGCUUAGACAACCAGGUCAGUGUCACAACUGCGCACUCGUUAGCGGUGUUGGAGACCUCCUAUCCCCCGUCCGCCGGAGCUUUCCGCCGAGAUCUGACGGAGUACAUAUCUCGCAUCUUGGACUUCCAUGUGAAAACCUGUUCCCCGUUCCUCAUCAACGCAUAUCCAUACUUCGCGUACAGGUCCAACCCGAAACAGGUCUCUCUGGACUAUGUUCUGUUCCAGCCAAACCCAGGGGUUGUGGAUCCAGGCUCUAACCUCCACUACGACAACAUGCUGUUCGCUCAGAUCGACGCUGUUUAUGCUGCGCUGGCUUCGCUGGGAUGCAAGAAACUGCCGGUGCAGAUUUCUGAGACUGGUUGGCCGUCCAAGGGAGACGAAAACGAAGCCGGCGCGACCAUUGAGAACGCGAAGAAGUACAACGGGAAUCUGAUGAAGCUGGUCUCUCAGAAGAAGGGAACGCCGUUGAGGCCGGGCUCCGAUUUGAACAUUUACUUCUUUGCGCUGUUCAACGAAAACUUGAAGCCGGGGCCGACAUCCGAGAGGAAUUUUGGACUGUUUAAACCCGAUGGGACGCCGGCGUACGAGCUUGCACUCACCCCCAGUACUAGUGGAAGUGGUAGCAGCAAUAGUACAGUCGGCACCGGUGAUGGCAGCGGCGGAUAUUCCGCAAGUACACCUUCGCCCUCAGACUCAUCAACUGGUUCCUUGUCUAUCACUUCUGGCACGGGAAGACCAUUUCCCGUCGGCGCCGCUGCGAUUUGUGGGUGGUUCAGCUCGUUUCUGCUCUUCUUUUGAGCUGAGUUGUUCUGCAAUGCAGCAACAGCUCAAAGCCUCAGCUGUAUGCAGCAACCAGCUUUUUCUUGGUGGCGACGAGGAAUCGGAAGGAGCUUCACAAGUGGGAAAGGUUUAAGGGAGUCAUUUAUUUUUCUUUGGAAGACUUAUUUUUUCUUUUUUUAUUUUUGGGCACAAUUCGUUGGAAGGAAUUGUUGCUAAUCAGCACUUUGUAUUAGUUGGCCGGUUGGUGUAGAGUAAAAGACUAUUUUUUAUGCUCUUUUGAAUUUAUUUAAGCGUAAAGAAGAUUGUGAACGGCUCAA